AUGACACGGUAUUUUGUUUGUGGUUUUCAUGUUACCGUAUGUUUUUCUAUAAUUUAUGUGUUGUUGGGUAGAAAUAAAUAAAAAUUUGAAGGUUGUUACCUAAAAUUUCGAUUAAAAAGUUUUUUUUAGACUUUGAUCAAGUUUGGUGUUGUAUUUUGUCUGAUGUACAUUGGUAUGGGUAUUCUGAUGUUCUUGGACACUGCUGUGAAUAUGCGGCGGCAAUACACUGAAACCGAAGGCGAGCAGAUACCUGGUUUUGAUGUUAUCGUUGCCAAAGUGCCGAUUGGUAAGUAAACUUUGUGUUUGUUCUUUUUAAGGUUUACACUAUACUAAUUUGGCAAUUUAGGAUCUCUGGGACGUCGAGGGUUAAAAGAUGCCGAGUUCUUUGGAGUUAUGUUGAUGUUACACUUGAUCCCGAUGUUGACAAGAUACUUUUACUUCUUUUUGCCUUUACAAAUUUAUUGGGUAAGUUUAUUUUUCGUUUUAUGAGUUUUUAUAGUUUUAAUAUUGUUUUAAAAAGUUUAUUAGUUUAAAAUUUGGCUAUUUUUGUUAUCUAAUAAAAAUUAGUUUAGUCGUUCUCAUGCCUUCAUACUUGUUACAGAACAGUAGUCUUUUAUUAUGAAGCUUUUAAAAUGUUGCAAAAUGAAUGGUAUUCAAUAGAAUCAGAUGAUUAUAUCCGUAUUGCUGAGGAUGAUCCAAAGGACUUCUUCUAUUUGGUCAGAUCUCUUCCAGGUAUGAUAUUGAUAUUAGUCAUUGUUUUUGACUUUUUUUAUUAAGGAUUUUAAACUUUCGUAAAAAUAUAUUGCUGUAUCAACUAACUUUACAGUAAAGUUUAUAAUGUGUGCAUUAUAGUAAUGACACAUACUUUUUAUUUUCAGAAUACUACAUUAUCUUCGACACAAUCGUUGUAGCAUCACGACUGGUCGCAAAUUUUCUGUGUGCUUAUAUAGUUGAACGCGUAAUGGAAUUUUAUCAAUGGGAUGGCGUUCUAAACGAUCUGGUAAAAUGUGUUAGCUUUUUUAUUUAGUUUUAUAUAUAUUUUUAAAGUUUGGUCAAAAAGUAAAGAGAAAGAGUACCAUUCAGAUUGAAGGUUCAUUUUUCAAACUCUACACGAUGAUCAUUUUAUGUUUUAGCAAGACUGGACCUACGAUAACAUACUGCACUUUUACAAUCGAGUGUGUGAAUGGGUGUACAAUAUGAGAAGCCGAAGUCGAAUGGGAGUCAGACAAGAAAGAAAUGUACAUGAUGUCAAUAUGAAAUACUAUGACUCUUGUGUUAAGAAAAACGAUGAUCCUGAAGGGAAUUACGUCAACAAUAACGAAGGAAAUGAGGAGGUUCGGAUUAUUGUGGAUGUGUGA